GGCGUGGUGAGCCCAACCAACUCAUUCCUUAUCACUUACCAAAGCCACGAAAUCGUGUUCCUCGUUUUCCAAUGCAUAUCAAAAGAUCCCAAAGAGUCAUCAUCUCUUAGAUCUACUCUCUCCCUCUCUCAAUUGCGACGACGUCCUCUCCAAACUACAGUGGCUCUCGGCCAUCUCUUCCGUCGAUCAAGGCGAUGCUUGUACUUUUCUAAUCUCUCUCCUUCUCCUGUUCUAGAUUGGGCGAGUUCGAUUGUAUUUUGAAUUGUGAAAUUUUGUGACUCUGACAGUUGAAUUUGUAUAACCUCAUGUCUUCUACUUUGUUGAUUAUGUGCGUCUAUUUAUCACUCUCUAUUUGACCUGCAAACUUUGAAACCUCAAUGAACCAUGUUUAAUACAAUUUGGGUUAUUGAGUUAUGGUUCGGAUGCGCACAUAAUCAAAUUCUUGGCCGUGAACAAUACUUGGCUAUCUUUUUUUAUUAUGCUAUAGAAAACAUAAUCAAAUAUCUAUUAUCCAGUAAUUAUUCUUUCAAAAGUUUUUUUGUUGUUGCAAGAACUUGCUAAUCGACUUUGAUUAGCAGUUCCAUGGCUCUGAGAAGUAUAGCAGAUCAAUGGCAGACCAAUGUGGACAACUACCGCAUUAGAUUUUCAUUAUGUGGUCAGUCACUUUGUCAUUAUAGUUUAACAACAAAUUAUUGUCCCUCAUUUGGUUUAUCUUUCAAUUAACCAAAGGUAUUUGUUUGUACAGACUGCCAAGAAAUCAUCAUUUUAUCAAUCACUUAUCACUGUGCUAAGUUUCUUGCGGAGAACUAGAAGAAACCCCAAGACCAUUGUUGGUGGGUUGAUGAUAUCAAGAUCUGUAUCAUUAGGAUAGUACGUAGGACAAAUCCUUGUUGACUGAGAUAUAAAUUGCUAUUGUAAUUUUACUACUGUCACAUUGUAAUUGUUACCUUUGAGACUUUUAAUGAAAUUGGUCUAUUCUUCAUGUGAAAAACUUGGUGUACAUAUGCAAUAUUAAUAGAUGCAGGAUGCAUAGCAGCAUAGAAAUGCUAUGGAAUGACAAUAUAAUCCACAUCUCAUAUAUGGUAGUUAGCAGGUUACUCAUAGCGUUUAAUAAUUGCAAUGAGUUAUUUUAGAUAGCGUUUAUGAAGUGUUAUAAAAAAACUAAUACAAUAGCAUUUCCAAAACGCUAUGGAUGUUGUACUUUCCGUAGCGUUUGAAAAACACUAUAGAAUACCCCAAGUCUAUUAUAGCGGGGGCUGGCAUAGCGUUUGUAAAAAUGCUAUGGAAUCCUAUGAUAGCGUUAAAAAAAACGCUAUAAAUGAAUGUUUGUGGUGUAGUGUCUGUAAGGGUUGACAGAAAUUUGUGAAGCAUCAUCAUUUGGAAGCAGGGGACUUUUUGGUUUUCUAUUAUACUGGGAAGCUUAAGUUUCAUGUCAUGAUAUAUGAUGAAAGUGCCUGUGAAAUGGAUCUAGAAGUAACCGAGAGGAGAAGUCUCGCUGAUGGAAGUAGCGAUCAAGUCAUGUCUGAGAAGGCUGUAACUAAAGAAACACCAACUGGAUUGACGGUGUUCAAGUCAAAGUAUUCAUGUUUCAUGAAAACUUUGAACAAUUUUAGACGUUAUGAGAUGACGAUACCACAUAAAAUAGUGAAAGCUGAGGGCCUCAAGGGAGGGAAGCCUAUAAAGCUUCAAGAUCGAAAAAUGAGAUCACAGAUUGUUGAGACUAACUAAAGUCACCACAGAUGGUCGUUUCAAGCUGGGAAAAGGUUGGUGCCAAAGCUGGAACGACUUCAAGAUUUCAAUCGGAGACGAGGUUGUUUUCGAGUUUGUCAAGCCAAAUGUGAUUCAACUUCAUAACUUCAGAGGCAAAAAUAUGAUACUUGAUGGUCCUAAAGUUAUGGAGAACUAAAGGAAUGUCCCGUUCAUAUCUUCAAAGAUGCAUGU